AUGUCUUUAGUUCCACAGCCUAGCAGGACAGAAAGUUUCUUCGCCGAGUGCAAUGAAUUCUUUCUGAUCAGCGAAUUAAGUGACCACUGCUACGGUCGUCUUGGUAACGCUCAGAUUGGGAUCGCAGCAGGGCCUUUCAAGCGUCGGAAUGAGCAUCGGAUUUUGAACAUUGAAUUGAGGAGAGCUCUCACGCAACCAGACAACAUUGAUCUCAUACUUGACUUCGACUGGUUCGAAGAUAAUGAGAAAAUUGUUGAAGUCACCAAGCUCCUUCAAGAUAUGUGCCAGCUUCUAGAUGGCCUUUCCAUCUGUGUAGCUGAGAUAUCGGAGCAGCGAUCUAGCGACAAGUACGCCAACCUGAACGUCGUGCUAGCACAGAUUGAGACCUCAGACACAGAGUUUUUCCAACUCUUCUCUGGGUCCGGUUCAUCUCCAUCAUUGUUCAAGCACCCUUCAAAAGUCAAUCGAGCCCACGGAAUCCAGGUAAUAAAGGACUUCAACAGGUUCCUGGACCAGCUCCCAGGAUCUUACAUCGACUCGAACGUUAUCAUUGAGAGACCUCCAACCACGGCACUUGUAUCCGAAAACGAGCCUUCGAAUAUGAUUUCUCUUCCUGUUUAUCAAAACCAUGAAGAAGCUGCAAUCAAGGCAAUCUUCUCAAGGUUUUCGAGAUGCAACCACCAGAAGGCGAAAGGCCAUGAAUUGUUGGUGCAGCUACCCACAACAGAGAGAAUAUUGUCCGGAUAUAACCAGGCUGGCGACUUUGAGAUGGAUUUGUUCCUCAAUGCCUGCCCAGAUUUGUCUCGAUGGCAAGAGGCCCAAGUCAUGCGCGUCAGAGGUCAAGAUCGCUACCUGACUCCCGAGCUAGAACCAUCAAUAUGCGAGGUCAUUAAUGACGCGUUACACUAUGCAGGCGGUCUACACUUCCACAUGCAGGAUCUAUUCCCCAGCAUCUCAGAGGAGGACUUUAAAAUCCCAAUGUACCAAUUCGUGGAGCCGAAGCGCGGUCAGCGUAAUUCGUUUGUAACACUGCCAGAAUUGCUGGAUGAUGGGACCUUCGUCUCGAAGCCACGUUUGGAACAAUCUCGACAUCCGAGGGGGCUUCGUUCUGUCAGUAUGCAGGACAAGAAAACGCUAGCUGUUCAAAUCCUGUUUGGCAUUUUAAUGUGUCGCCGAUAUGGUUCUACAAUCGCGACUUGGGAUUCCCAAAAAGUCUUCAUUCUCUGCAAUGAGGAUGAAGAACAGUCGAUCAACAAGCUCAUCUACGUGUCCUGCGCCGAGACGAAGACUCCAACACCCUGUAUCGACCUCCUGGAUCCCGAGAAGAUCCUUGGAACCUCAAGACCUCCUCCAUCGCGGACUUGUACUGAGAUGGCAAAAGUCUUGCUGGAGAUCGGGCUUGGCAACCGCUUGGUUGACCACGACGCGAACGGCGACAGAAAUGACGAAGAAGUCUGGACAGAGCUCUACGGAAGGGUGCGACAAAUGAAAGCCAGGAAAGACAGCAGUCUCAUGGAUGAAAUCAGCAUUCUUGAUAUGCUUCCCUACGUCGCUGCCGCGGACAGAUGCCUUCGCCUUCCUUUGUCGUAUCGGAGCGAAGUCAGUCGGCUUAAGAGAGGACAAGGUGUGGACAAAGUUGAUGCAUGGUCAAUAGUGGAAAGCAUUGUUCGCGAUCAGAUUAUUUCUGAGCUACUUAAAGAUGGCUGUGUAGAGCCCAUCAUUAAGAGUAUGGAUAGCAUGAUAUCAGCCCGCAACCAAGCCCAGGAGGCCUCGGCAGCUAAGACGAGUGUCAAGGCACAAUACCCAAUCACUGAUCGUGGCGCCAACCCCUCUACUCCUCGGCAAAAUGCAAUAGCUUUGUUCGACGCCAGCUCAAAAACUUUCAAAACAUCCAGUUUAGUUGGGUCGGCCGAGGAGUUCUUCAGCCAUCUCACGUCUUUUCGAAACUCAUUCGAGUCUUGUCUGGAAAAGAGUGACGACCCGACUGCCCGGAAGAUUCGCAUCGCCAUUCUUGACACUGGGAUAAAUAAGUCUAGUGUGGGUAUAGAUUUUGAUGGUAUACAUAUGAAGGUUGAAUGGUGUACCAGUUUUGUUGGGGAUCCGGACGAGACUCAUGAUUACGACGGACACGGAACACAUUGCGCCUCGCUACUCCGGAAGGCUGCCCCUGACGCUGAAAUCUACGUGGCGAAGGUAUUCAGUCGUAACGAGUUCGAUUUGAAACAGGCUGGCAAGAUUUCCGAGGUAAAUGAUGCUUCAAACGACAUCCCCUACCAACCCUCGGCCAACAACGCUGACCAACAUCAGGCCAUCAAAUAUGCUGUGAAACAUUGGGAUGUCGAUAUUAUAUCAAUGUCAUUUGGUCUACACCUUCCGUCAUCAGAAGAGAGUAUGCCAGAGUGGAGGAAGGUCAAAGCCGAUAUUCAAGGGGCGAUUGACCUAGCACGAGGGGACUUCAUUUGCCACGGCGAUUGCCGCAGGCUUAGCUGCCAGCAUUCUUCACCUGACGUCAAGAGUAGCGACCUCACGACUUCGGCCUAG